CUUCACCAGGACACUUUACUGCUUUUAGAGCAUCAUGAUGUUGACUCAAAGCUAGUCAAAAGUCCAAAGUUGUUGUUGUUUUAAUUAUGUGAAUGCUAAAAGCUACUUAUUUUUGAAUCGCGGAGCAACUUUUUCAGCUUCGUGAACUUACUAUAACCAUGGAUCACAACGUAGCCCCUCAAGGUCCUGGACCCAAAAGAGGUCUUGCCGACAAUAUUGGGACCGCCGUCGGAACUAAAAUCCGACAUAAUGACAGACAAGAUAAGGCAACUACUAUCCACCUCGUCAGUGAUCCAGGAUUUAACCGUAGCAAACGACUUGGAAGCUCGUCUGUAAAAAAGUUGGGAUUUCCAGGUAGCCUGUUGCCAUGCACAUCUGGGGAGAAAAAAGUAGCUGCCGAAUCUAUGGGGAGCUCAGGAAAGCAAAAACCCAGUGCCGGAGUUGAUCAGGCCGUAUCAGUUGAAAAAACACUUUCGAGUCCGCUUGGUGAUGAGAUGGCCUUGAGGAAAGCAGGCAAGUUGCGCCUGGAAAACACACACACUUCUGCACCAUUUGCAACCUCAGAGAUUAAAGAUAGUAAAGGAAGAGAUGCCAUCACCUCCACCAAACGUCAUUCAGUGACAAAGAGGAAGAAAAGGAAGAUGGGACUAUACAACCUUGUCCCAAAAAAGAAGACAAAGCCCCUAAAAAAGCAGGAAGAUGAUUGUCACAAUGUGCAGACAACCAAUGCUACAGCCGAUGGGGUUAUAUGGGACAUUACAAAAUCCACAGAAACCUCAAGUACUACAAAUGAAUUAGCUGGAGAAGCAAGCCAUGUUGAAUACACAGAGCUGAAUUUGGACUGUCUUGAUCUGCAAGCUCAGGAAAAGUUGCUAUUACCACACUCAACAGCACUUGCAGAUGUGAGUGGAUCAGACUUAGUUGAAGAGUUACCAUUGUGCUGCUGUCGUAUGGAGACUCCCCCCAGCGGACCUACAUUGUCUAAACUGGAUCAGUCCUGUAUGGCCAUGGAACUGACAGAUGGAACGCUGAGUCGUUGCCACAGACAAGUGAUGAAACAUGAAAGGAUGAGACCAUCCAAUAUGGUCCAUUUGUUAUUUCUGUGUGAGAACCACAGGACAAGUAUGGUAAAACACCAAUGCUGUCCUGGCUGUGGGCUCUUCUGUAAUGUGGGUACCUUCAUCGAGUGCCAACCGUAUGGCAGCAUUUCCCACCGCUUUCACAGGGAUUGUGCGUCCAUUUUGAAAAAUCGCCAGUUUUGCCCCCACUGUGGAGAGGAUGCCAGUGAGGCGAAGGAGGUCACUGUGCUGAAGAACAACCUCUCGACCUCCUUCCCUACAUCAAAUGCAAUAUCAUCAUUUCCAGCUGUACAACCAGUUCCUACUCCACAGCCACUCCGAGCUAAAAAGACCAGCAUACCACAAAGAAGUAGAGAGCUGAACCUUGGCAGGGAUGAUGCGGUGUAUACUGCAGACAUGCGACCUAAAGAAUCAAUGGAGACUAUACUGAUGGGACUGGAUGAUGAAAACCUGAAAUUAACUGAAGACAAUUCCCCUACCAGACAGCUCUUCAUUUCUUCAAAAAAAGGAGCGCUCCAGAGGGUCAUUCAUCUUUUGGUUGAGGGAAAGGAUCCCAACGUUUUGAUGGAUGGACAAAGAAGAUGCUCACCCCUACAUGCUGCUGCUGCUGGAGGUCAUCAGGAGAUUUGCCAUGUGUUGAUCCAGGCUGGAGCCAACUUGGACAUUUUUAACGAAGAUCAGAGAACACCCCUGAUGACUGCUUGCGAAAAUAACUAUUUGGACACGGUAAAGUACCUGAUCAGGGCCGGUGCAGCCAUUAACCACAAGGAUGUGAUGGGUUUCACCUGUCUGCAUUUGGCAUCUAAACUGGGACAUUAUGACAUUGUGCAGCAUCUACUCUCCAGGACAUCCAAGUACAUCAACUGUCAGGAUGAUGGUGGAUGGACUCCCAUCAGCUGGGCAAUCGAGCACAAGCACAUUGAGGUGUUUAAUCUGUUGAUGUCCAAAGGGGCUGACAUUAACAUUAGAGACAAGGAACAGAAUGUCUGCCUGCACUGGGCAGCCUUAUCAGGGUGUGCUGAAGUUGCCCAGGCUCUUUUGGAUACCCAGUGUGACUUAAAUCCCUCCAAUGUUCAUGGGGACCUGCCAAUUCAUGUGGCUGCCAGAGAAAAUCACUUUGAGUGUGUAAUGUUGUUUUUGUCUUGUGGAGUUGACCUCCAUCAGAAAAAUAAGGAUGGACAAACAGCUAUGGACUGCUGCAAGAAUGGUUCAAAUGUGUGGGUGGCCCUCAACACAAACAAAAAGCUGAUAGAUACCAGGAGGAACAGGGACUGUUCUGGAGAGCAGGUGCUCAACAGGGAUAUUUCCAGAGGGUAUGAAGCAGUUCCUAUAACAUGCGUCAAUGGUGUUGACAGUGAGCCAAGCCCUGGAAACUUUAAGUACUUACCAGAUAACUGUGUGACAUCCCCAUUGAACAUUGACAAGGACAUCACUCACUUGCAGCAUUGCAGUUGCACGGAUGACUGCUCCUCCAGUACCUGCCUGUGUGGUCAGCUCAGUCUGCGAUGUUGGUAUGACAGUGAGGGUCGGCUACCACCUGACUUUUGUCAGCAAGAUCCUCCAGUUCUCUUUGAGUGUAACCAUGCCUGCUCAUGCUGGAGAACAUGCAAAAAUCGAAUCGUCCAAAAUGGACUGAGAGUCCGGCUACAGCUCUUUAAAACACAGAAAAUGGGCUGGGGUGUUAGAAUCAUGCAAGAUGUCCCUCAAGGAACAUUUAUUUGCGAAUAUGUUGGUGAGAUUAUCACUGACACAGAAGCUAACAAAAGAGAAAAUGACUCGUUCCUCUUUACCCUCGACCAUAAGGUUGGUGACAUACACUGCAUCGAUGCAAGACUUUUUGGUAACAUUGGCCGCUUCAUUAACCAUCUUUGUGAGCCAAACCUUCUGGCAGUGAAGGUCUUCACCAUGCACCAGGAUUUGCGGUUUCCUCGGAUUGCCUUCUUCUCCAACAGGCCAAUCAAAGCUGGAGAGCAGAUUGGGUUUGACUAUGGUGAUCACUACUGGACAGUGAAGAGUAAAUACUUUAGCUGCAAAUGUGGUUCACUCAAGUGUCACUACUUCUCCAGAAGAUAGACAUCGAGUUUAUCUUUCUCUAAAUGGAAUGAAUCACUUGCAACGUGUUUAUCGCACUGUUCAACACAUUCUAAAUGUUCUGCACUUUUGCUGUGGAUUUCUGUCAUUUCCAGAGUUAUGAAAAGGUGCAUCGCAGUGAAAAUGCUAAGUGGGUGCUAGUCUAAGGACAUUGUACGGAUUGCCUAAAGCAUAAAAGAUUAAAUAAAAUGUAACAAAUAUUGAAGUAAAAUUACAUGUAGUUCAUCCAGAUAUCCAUUUUCUACCGCUUGUCCCUUUCGGGGUCACGGGGGUGCUAGAGUCUAUCUCAACUGCACUCGGGCAGAAGGCACGGUACACCCUGGACAAGUCGCCACCUCAUCACAGGGCCAACACAGAUAGACAACAUUCACACUCACAUUCAAUAAAAAAUCUGCCUAUAGCACAA